AUGGCGGACGAGCUGUACCUGGAGAACAUCGACGAGUUCGUCACCGACCAGAACCGCGUCGUGACGUACAAAUGGCUUAGCUACACCCUGGGCGUCCACGUCAACCUGGCUAAACAAAUGCUCUACGAUUAUGUGGAGAGGAAACGGAGGGAGAACUCAGGGGCUCAGCUUCACGUCACCUACCUAGUAGCAGGGAACCUCCUCCAGAAUGGACACGUUUGCCACAGGGUUGCAGUAGUGAGGGAGGAUAAACUCGAAGCAAUGAAGUCGAAGCUGUCCACAAUUGCCAGCGUGCACGUGUACAGCAUUCAGAAGUCCCUGCUCAAGGACAGCUCCCCCCUCUACAACACCGACUACGACAUCGUCAAAACAAACCUGCAGCACUGCAGCAAGUUCAGCGCCAUCCGCUGUGCUGCCGCCGUGCCCAGGACGCCGCCGGAGGCUCCCCGAGUGCCGGCGCAGAGUCCCCAGGGCCAGCGGGACCCCGGCCCUGCUGCCGCCGCCGCCGCCGGCAGCGCGGUCAAUGGCCACGGGCCCCCGGCUGCCAAGCCCCCCCCGCAGCAGCACAGGGGGAUCAUGGGGAUGUUUGCGGCCAAAGCCGCGGCCAAAGCCCAGGACGCGCCUAAGGAGGCCAAAGCGGAGGCCAAGGAGGCCCCAGGUGUGUCUGCAGCAAGCAGCAAGCCACCAACAAAGAACAACAUCAUGAACAACUUCUUUGGAAAAGCUGCCAUGAAUAAACUCAAAGCCAACUCUGUGCCUGAGCAGCCAAAGGAGGAGAAAGAAGCAGUGAAGCCUUCAGUUGCUGCAGCAGAACCAGGGUCAUCUCCUAAUAUUGUCGCAGAGAAACCCGGGAGGAGAACAGAGUCUGCUAGAAUUCAGCAAAAGGACAAGAAAAGUACAACGAAGAGAGCGGAUAGGUCAGACGACGAGGAAGAAGGAGAUCCUGAAAACGUCAAGAAAAAGAGGAAGCGAAUCAAGCAACUUCAGUCUGACAGCAGUGACGAGGAAGAUGUCCCACCCUCUCCCACACCCGAGGAAGAGAGAGCUCCAUCUCCACCACCAGCACCUGCUCCAAAAGCUGAACUGGAGCCUGCAUCCACAGAGGUGUCAGCUGGAGGGAGGAAGAGGAAGCGGAAGCGUGUGCUGAAAUCCAAGAUGUUUAUUGAUGAAGAGGAAGGCUGCAUGGUGACUGAGAAGGUUUACGAGAGUGAGUCCUGCACGGACAGCGAGGAUGAAUUCUCCAAGCCCAAGGCACCAGCUCCACACAAGCAGCCCCUGCUGCCCGCCAAGAGAGAACCAAAGGAAGAAAGGAAGAACCUGAAGAAAGGGGCUGCUCCUGCCAACAGAGCCAACAAACAGGUCUCCAUCAUGGGCUUUUUCCAGAAAAAAUGAACUGGGUCUAUCCCCCCGUCCUCUUGGCAGCUUGGGAGUGUUGCUCCCUUUUUUUUGUGUGGCUCUCUGCAAGCUGCUGCUGCUUGUGGAGGCCAACACGCAACCCCUGGUUACACAAGGUGUCCUGCUUACUGUGUAAGGAAGCACUCUGGACUGGAUUUUGUAUCAGAGAAAAGUUUUUAUUUGUUACUGCAAUAAUUUCAGUCAUCUUCACUAAGCGGUGUGGGAACAGCCAGAUAGAAGCAGCAUCUAGAGGAACUCUUGAAAGGCUAUUAAGUCUGUUCACAUGAUAUUGUAUUUUUUUAAUCACCCCUUUGGUGCUAAGUUAGGAGUUGUGGUGUUUCCCUCCCCUCUUUGUACACCCUCAGCUCUCCGGAUCGAUCCAGAUGUUCACAUUGGGUAGAAGCCGUGAUGUAGCAGGUCUUCAGGCGCAGACACAAAUACUGAACAUCUGUUUCAGCUUUGACUGAAUGAAAUGUACUUCAUUUUCCCCCUAAGACUGGUAAAUAGUUUUUGCUUUGCCUUUCAUAAUCUUUUUUUGGACAAAGCAGUGCAUAUAAAAUUUUCUUUUCUACCUGGAACGUAUCCUCUGUAACUUGCUCAGAUGGCUAAUUAUAGACUGGGACACUGUUGGUGUUCUGUCUUUACAGAAACAUCCUUGAGACUUCCCACCCAAUUGGCUCGGGAGUAAUUGGGGGGAAGCUUUGCUGUUGUUGGGAAAGAGCUGGAGGUUUAGCCCUGGAGGCCAGUGAGUCAGAGGGAAGGGUGAUUAGAGGGCACUGCUGAUAACACCAGGCAGGUACUGGGGAAUGUGCAUUGCAGGGUUGGUAGGGUUUGGGUUGCCCGAAGGGUAUUUUGCAGCCAUAAACCAGAUAAGAGAAGAGUUUUUUCCCUGGGCAUCUUGUCAUCUGCCUGCUGAAGGAAGUGUGUCAUGGCACAUGGUCCUGAGGAACCUGUUACGGGAGAGGAAUAAAGCACAGCAAUGCUGUUAACCAGAAAGGAGCGCUUGGUCUUGGCUGGUGCUAAGGUUGAUAGACCUUAGAUAGAUGCAAAAGAUUUUCCAGAGGAGCUGAUCUUGAACGUUCCUGAAGCUUGGGCUGGUGAGUGCUCCCAGACAGGGGCUGGUGUUGUCAGUGUUUGGUUGAGAGGAGCUGCUGCACCCCAGAAGCAUCUCUGGAUUUGUGCCCAUGCUGCGGCCUGGGCAGAGAACGAACAACCCUGUUCUGGUUUAAUGAAGGAAGUUUAACUGUUGAGAGAAAAACCCACCCUGCUGUAGUGGUUCUGUUGUUCUUGGUAGAGUUGAGGGGGUAUUUUUAAAGGUAAUGGUAAGUAGCAAUUCCCAUU